CGCAGGCGCUGUUGCAACAGCUUGCUGCUGCUGCUUUUCCAUCCCUGCAGGUCUAAGGAGCGCCGCAGCACUGGAGAACCUAUCAGCCGGGAGACGGGGGAAUAACAUUAAAACCGAUGUUAAUUUCUUCGAUCUGCAUUGAUACCAAGGAUACUUUCAUGUUUCCACGCAUGAGCCUCUCGACUGGACCAGGCACAUGGAAAAUUGAAUUGGAGCCCCUCACAAGCACAGCUGCCAGAGUGAUUGCCAUGACUGCAUCUUGAAGGGAGUUCUCUGCACCUUUAAACCCCCUCUCUCUCCCAGCCCCCUCCCCCCUUCAGCCAUUUCUUUUUUUUGGUGGCCAAUAAAAUGCAUGUUAUGAAUUGCCUGUCUUUGGUCAAUGAUAAAGAACACCAGGAUGGAGAAUCUGAUGCAACUGAGCUGAUGCCCGGCCACCCGCCUUCGUCCACCCCUGUCUCUGAGAGUUCCCCAGUAGCCCCACCUCCUCCCCCUCCUCCUCCUCCUCCACCUCCACCACCACCUCCACCCCCCCAGGGGCCUCCGCCUCCGCCCCCUCCCCCGGGUCAAGGGAACCACACUCAGGGCAAUCGCAAAAAGAAGCGUGUCCGGAGCUUCUUCUGGAAGAUCAUCCCCGAGGAGCAGGUCCGCGGCAAACCCAACAUCUGGACACUGGCAGCCCGGCGGCACACCUACCAGAUCGACUCCAAGACCGUCGAGGAGCUCUUCGGCCAGCAGGAUGAGCCCAGAUCCACAGAUGCCGCCGGCGGACAGAAUGCCAGAGGCUCUCGGGCUUCAUUUAAGGAAACAAAGGAAGAGGUCAGUAUUCUGGACACCAAGAGAAGUAUGAAUGUGGGCAUAUUUCUCAAACAAUUCAAAAAGACAAAUGAGUCCAUUAUUGAAGACAUUCUCCUGGGAAAAAGUGAGAAGUAUGGAUCCGAGGCCCUGAAAGAGAUGGCAAAAUUGUUACCUGAGUCAGACGAGCUGAAGAAACUAAAAGCAUUUAAGGGAGAUGCAAACAAACUGCCACAGGUGGAUUCCUUCAUGUACCUUUUAGUCCAAGUGCCAAGCUUCGCUCUCCGAAUUGAAUCCAUGGUACUGAAGGAGGAAUUCUAUCCUUGCUGCUCUUCUUUGAACAAUGAGAUUGACAUAAUUCGCGUUGCAACAAAGGAACUGAUGUCAUGUGAGGAGCUACACGCCGUUUUACAUUUGGUCCUCCAGGCAGGAAACAUCAUGAAUGCAGGCAGCUAUGCCGGCAAAGCUGUGGGCUUCAAGCUUUCGUCCUUACUGAAGCUCGCGGAUACGAAAGCGAACAAGCCUGGGAUGAAUCUGCUGCACUUCGUUGCUCUGGAGGCCCAGAAGAAGGAUGAGACUCUUUUGAAGUUUUCUGAAAAGUUGCAGCAUGUGCAGAGUGCAGCCAGAUUAUCGGUGGACAAUAUUGAAGCUGAGCUCCAUUCCCUGUCUGUUAGAACAAGAUCCAUAGAGACACAGAUACAGCAAGACACAGAGCUCUUGCAACAACUGGAACAAUUCAUACAGAGCGCUGUGAGAGCCCUGGAUGAAAAGGAGAAGCAGAGAGUGGAGAUGCGUAUGGAGGGAAAUGUUCUGAUUGAUUUCUUCUGUGAAGAUAAAGAGACCAUGAAAUUGGAUGAGUGCUUCAGAAUAUUCCAGGAUUUCUGCCACAAAUUCAAUAAAGCUGUUAAGGAUAACUGGGAUCGUGAGUUUAAGGAGCUGGCUCGGCAGAAGCGCCUGCAGGAGCUGGAGGAGAAGCGGCACUCGUGGGCAGCGGGGGAUCAUGGCAGUAACUUCGGUCGGAGAAGCAGCGAGAGCGACGUGGAGAUGCGGACCAAGGACGGCCUCCUCAACUUCCUGCAUCAGCCCCAGAGCCCACUCUCCCGCUCGUCCAGCGGCAAGCGCUCCCGGCACUCCCUGGUCGUGAUGGCAGACAGGGAGCUCGGGAACGUCCUGGAAGACCCUGGAGGGGAGGACCCAGGCAAAUUCAACAGCCUCCCCCGGGUGAACGGGCGUCAGCCGAGGAAGAGCACUGCAUGGAUGGACUUUCAAAAUGAGAACAGGGAAUUUGACUUUAAAAAAACCACACACUUAAAUGGGGACCAUGCAGCCAUGCUGUACAAAAACAAGGAUGCUGGCCUUCAAAUGUCUGUGCUCGCAUCUAACGUGGAUUCAAACUUUAACAUGGAGGCCCAUGUAAACAAUAAUUGCUCUGAAACCAUCACAUUGAACAGCAGCAACCAGGAUAAAAAUGCCUGCCAAAAGUCACAGCUCACCAGUUGUGGCCAAAUUAAUGUUACCUUAGAAAGACACGCAUUGAUCGCGGGACUCGAGGCAUUUGAUUUUGCCUCUCCAUCAAAUAAUAAUAAUAAUAAUGUGUGCUUGGUGAACAAGGGAGAUCUUUUUGUUACAGAUUUAGAAAUGGCAAAUAAUACACCGAAGACUCCCACUGUUUCAGAUACAAACAUUCCUCUGUCAAGUCUGAGCUGCUCGCCAAGCGUAACCAAAUCUGAUUCCAAAGUGGGGUCUUCCCAGUUUACAGCCUCUGCUUCCCCACCUCAAAAAGAGGAAGAGGAGGAGGACAACAACACUGACGUUUCCUCAACAACGUGCGAUACCCCUUUGCCUUUAGAUAGUUCUGCAUCUAACAACAAGAAGCCAAUAUUCUACAUUGGGGAUUGCACAGAGGCGGACUCUUCUGUAGCAUUUGACUACUCAGAAAGUUGUGAUGCUGACACAGCUUCAAAUGAAUCUGGCAAUGUAGAAACCCAAACUCUGGAUUCCCUCCAAGACAACAGUAAAGAGCAGAGUGCAGCUUCUUCUAACUUAGAAUCAGGAUCUAUCAAUGAUGCACCAGUUUCUAUCCCUCACUCAGCCACCACAGAGGAGGGGGCAUCGGAUGUUGGUAAAACAGGAGCGAUAACAAAACAAAAGAAACAAGAGAAAGGUAAGUUGGAAAUCAACAAGAAAACCACUUCUGUCAAAGAGACUCCAGCUCCAAAAGGACCUAGUGCUCGCGUCAGUAGCUCUAGCAGAUCUGUAAGGACACUAAUGUCUUCAGAAAACCAGAAUAUGCAUAAAGUGGUGCCAAUUUCCAGACUGAGCAGGUCAGCCAGCAUGGCAAAGAAGACAGAGAGAGGCCCAGUGAGGGACAGCAGCAGUGCUGAAAUGAAGCGCCCCCAGCGGGAACACAGCACUGUGGGGAACAAAAACGACCAGACCCCCAGGACCCCUCGGCACUCUAGCCUUCCUGCACAGGAACCCAAGUUACACAGAGGUACUCCGGCCCAGACCAGUUCCCGCUGGGUCAGAGAUCCAAUGACACGCAAAAACUCUGUCAGAAAACCCAGUGCCAAACCAGUACGAAACAUACCCAAACCAGAAGAAAAGAUGUGCCGGGCCACCAUGAGGGCUCUGGCCCAGGCCCAGGCUCAGGCUGCAUCAGAGGCAGGAAAACCCCACACUCUGACUUCCACCAGCAAGGCCUCUGGGGCCACUCCCAGCUUCGCAAGAAACACUGUGGCCUCUUCCUCCAGAAAGAUGAAAAAGGACAUGGCGCCAAGCUCGAACCCUUCCACACCUACCAAAAGCACCACCCUCACCAGAAAUGGGCCUCAGAGACAGUCUCUACACAAAACUAUGCCAGUACAUAGCCCACAACUUCCAAAGGAUAAUGAAAAUUCACCAAGAAGGGUGGCGAGCAUGAGAGUGACCAACAGGACACGGCAGCGUAGUGAGACGCCGCCUCCCAAAGGAGAGCCCUCGCGCAAAGGUAGCAGCCUUUCUGAUAAGCCACUGCUUCAAACAAAAGACUCAAGCAGAGUGCCCACAGUAAAGAUACUGAUCCCCACCUGGAAGUAAAAUGUGUAAAAUUAAACUUGGUGUUUAAAAUAUAUACAUAUACAUGUAGAGAUGUGUUUUUUUGUGUUAUUAUUAUUUCAUUUACAGCUUCAUGUCAUAAUAUUGUAUAGUUAUUUUUUUUUUUUAACCAUGGCCUUAAAAAGAGGUGGCAUUAACAUGCUUCUUGUGAUGUCUUUUCAUUGUGUUGAAUGUUGUGAGUCCAGCUAUGGUCCAGCUGCAAGAACUACUAAAACUCAAGAAUAUGGAUUAUAACCACUCUGCUAUGAUGUAACUUUAUCAGAUGUGAAUGUGGAGUUGUGCACUACAUAUUUUAACUAUUUUUGCUGAUUGCCCAUUUUAUCCAAAUUCUUGCAUGUCGGUGGACACAAAAAACGCCUUUUCAAUCUGUUUGAUUUUUUUUCUGUUGUAGUGAAGUGUAAAUGUUGCUGUUUAGACAGUUUAUCCCUGUGGAGUUCACAUAAACUGUUUAAAAAAAAAAAAAAAUCCCAAAUCAUGACCAAAGGAGAUGUAUACUAUAUAUGUGGUGUUUUUUGGAGUCAGUUGUGCUUUCUACUAGAGGCAUGUGCAUUAAUUCAGAGCAGAUGGCUGGGAGUUUAGCAGAGUUGUUGUUACUCUCCUACUAACUGACCCAUUCUCCAGUUAAGUCCCGUCUACUUAAAGUUCAUUAACUUUCACUUUGACACCCACUAAUGAUGAAUGCUCUUCAUGAAACUUGUAAAAGUGGGUGAAAGGCAAGGUCGAUUUGUACUGGCUCUGGAGUGUAAGGUUAAGAGUCACAAAGCUAACAUGAUAAUAAAACGUAUUUUCCCGGCAAGUACCUUUUUGUGUGAAGUGUUAAUGAAAUCUAAGUUAGCAUUGCUGAACAUUUGCUGUGUUUCCCAUGGGAACAAUUGAAUGGAGUCCCUAAUUCUUACACAUAGAUAAAGAGUUACUACAUCCAGUCUAACCUAUUUUAAAGAGUAAGUAGCGAGGUUCCGCAAAAUAUAGCGUUAUACGUCCCCACAUUUUGCUA